AUGCUGGUCAGAAAACUAACAUCGUUAGAGGACUUUUUCUGUGAGAGAAGUCGUUUGAAUCUUCAUUCCUGUUUUUAUUUGGCUGUGGAAUUGAACCGAUUACCCAAUAAACAACAACUUUUUAAAAGCUUGAAGGCACCGAUUGCCAAAUAUCCACAAUUGCAUUAUAACAUCACUACAAAGGAAACAAGUGGUGACAUAUAUAUUAAGGAAAUCGAGAGUCCGAUCUUUUUGGAAGACGUUUGCGAAUACAAAGAAUGGGAACAAUUUGCUGAGGAUGAAAUUAACUCUAUUUUUCAGUCUUAUAAUUUCCAAUAUGAUCAGGACACCCCUCUGUGGAAAAUAUUGCUAAUCCCAUCAAAGAGAAUUAUGGUUUUAUUAAUUGAUCAUGUGUUAUUUGAUGGAAUGUCUGCUGUUAAGUUUUGGGAGUGUUUUGUAGGAUCAUUAUCUAUGUCCGUCGAAUCUACCGAAGAUGACAAAAUCUUGGAAAUGCCAUUAUUCCAACAUGAACAAGCCAAUAAGACUCAAUCUGCAAGCUCUCAUGCGUAUGAAUCGUGGCCAAUUCCAUGGAGUUGGAAGAUUAAAAGACGUAUUGCAGCUAUGCUAUGGAAUUGGUAUCCUAGUGCCAUCUUGGCACCACCAUCGAAUCUGUUUCAGUUUAAGAAAUAUUCUUUCCCUGAUGGAUUACUACGACAAUAUCCAAAUGAUACAUCUAACUCUACUGGUUACGUAGUACGAAAUGAUAAUAGACAAUGGACUUUAAAUGUCCCCACCAAUUCAUUACAAAAGAUAUUGAAGUCCUGCAAAGAGAACAACGUAUCACUAACCUCAUUUCUUGUGGGCCUGAUGACUAUCGCAUUGGGCAAAUGUAAUUCUGAUAGUUAUUCAGGUGAUAUAGUUAGUGUUGGUAUCCCUAUGAAUACUAGAAGUGUAUGUUCGAAAUAUUUGAAAAUUAACGAUGAAGAUUUACAAAUGGGGAAUUUUGUUGGUGGAUUAGAUUUUAAACAAACCAUGGAGGGUGACCUAGAUAUUUGGCAGAUUGCUAGCAAUGCAAAUGAUUUUAUUAAAUUAAACACAGGAUCAAAGAUCAGUGACAUUAUAAACAAUGUAAAACUAUUGGAUAUGAUUGAAGCCAAAGAUUUUGUUGAGAAAAAAGUUGAGUAUGGUAAGAACGGUCCACCAUCCACCUUUGAAGUGACAAAUUUGGGAUUCCAAGCAUUUAAGGAGAGCUGUCAAGACACUUCCUCAUUUUACAUCAAAAAUGCAAUCUUCAAUGAACCUCAAGGUAUCUCAGAUAUUGCGACACUUAGUGUCAUAUCCACAUCUCUGGGAGGUUUAACUGUGAGCAUCAGUUACCCCUUAGAUGUCUCUGAGGAGAUGAAGCCGUGCUGUGAUUAUAUUAGAGAGUACCUGAAAGUCAAUUAUGAAGUAAAAUGA